UACAGGUGUGAGCCACCAUGCCUGGCCCAGGAUUUAUUCUUCACACCUCUCUCCCCCAUUCAAUCCACUAUCAGGAUAUGUCUCUUCUGUUCCUAUAAUGAACAUGUAAGGAAUCAUCUCCCCAGCAUUCUCCCCUUUAUUUUCACUUGGAAAAUGCCCCUUACUCCCACUCAAAAGUACUUUUUCUUUUCUUUGUUUUCUUUCCUCCAUCACUCCUUUAUUUUGCUAUUUUCCCCUCAGGUGCAGAGAAUUGAGCCGGUCAUACUCGUUUAUUCACACUGUCAUUAACAAGGCCUUUCUCAUUUUAUCUUUUCUCUUCAUUGCAGUUCCCACUAAUGUUCCUUUCCUCCCUCCUUAGGUAGUCACUCUAAUGUGUUUGAUAUGUCUUUGAAUAUACAUGUAUCUUUGAAUAAUAUGUAAUGUUGUUUUAUGUAUGUAUGUGUUUUAAAUGUACCUAAUUGAUACUGUGUUACAGAUCUCAUUCUGUUUCUUUUUCAUGUUUAUGUAAAUACUUCUGACUAUUGCACACUGUUGUCUUCAGUGACCUUAUACCCUGGCCACUGGUCCUGGGCCAAGAUGGACCAGGGUCCUUACCCAGAAUUUUUCAAACUGAAGCUGAGAAAGAAAAUUCCCCUCCAGUGUGGAAGCCAUAAAAUGUAAAACAUAUGAGCUGUCAGCAGCCAUGUGUCAGUUGGUUCCAUAUGGAACCAACUUGCCUGCAGUGAAAAAGCCGACGUGCAGAAAGCAGCAGAGAACCAUGUGUGCUCAGUACUGCAUCUCCUUUGCUGAUGUUGAAAAAGCUCAUAUCAACAUUCGAGAUUCUAUCCACCUCACACCAGUGCUAACAAGCUCCAUUUUGAAUCAACUAACAGGGCGCAAUCUUUUCUUCAAAUGUGAACUCUUCCAGAAAACAGGAUCUUUUAAGAUUCGUGGUGCUCUCAAUGCCGUCAGAAGCUUGGUUCCUGAUGCUUUAGAAAGGAAGCCGAAAGCUGUUGUUACUCACAGCAGUGGAAACCAUGGCCAGGCUCUCACCUAUGCUGCCAAAUUGGAAGGAAUUCCUGCUUAUAUUGUGGUGCCCCAGACAGCUCCAGACUGUAAAAAACUUGCAAUACAAGCCUAUGGAGCGUCAAUUGUAUACUGUGAACCUAGUGAUGAGUCCAGAGAAAAUGUUGCAAAAAGAGUUACAGAAGAAACAGAAGGCAUCAUGGUACAUCCCAACCAGGAGCCUGCAGUGAUAGCUGGACAAGGGACAAUUGCCCUGGAAGUGCUGAACCAGGUUCCUUUGGUGGAUGCACUGGUGGUACCUGUAGGUGGAGGAGGAAUGGUUGCUGGAAUAGCAAUUACAAUUAAGGCUCUGAAACCUAGUGUGAAGGUAUAUGCUGCUGAACCCUCGAAUGCGGAUGAUUGCUACCAGUCCAAGCUGAAGGGGAAACUGAUGCCCAAUCUUUAUCCUCCAGAAACCAUAGCAGAUGGUGUCAAAUCCAGCAUUGGCUUGAACACCUGGCCUAUUAUCAGGGACCUUGUGGAUGAUAUCUUCACUGUCACUGAGGAUGAAAUUAAGGUAAACCAACUAGACUCUCCUUUCACUAAUUCCUACUCCCUUCCAUAUCAACAGCGUGCAACCCAGCUGGUGUGGGAGAGGAUGAAACUACUCAUUGAACCUACAGCUGGUGUUGCAGUGGCUGCUGUGCUGUCUCAGCAUUUUCAAACUGUUUCCCCAGAAGUGAAGAACAUUUGUAUUGUGCUCAGUGGUGGAAAUGUAGACUUAACCUCCUGCAUAACUUGGGUGAAGCAGGCUGAAAGGCCAGCUUCUUAUCAGUCUGUUUCUGUUUAAUUUACAGAAAAGGAAAUGGUGGGAUUCAGUGUCUUUAGAUACUGAAGACAUUGUUUCCUAGUCAUUGUCAACUCUUAGUUAUCAGAUUCCUAAUGGAGAGUGGCUAUUUCAUUAAGAUUUAAUAGUUUUUAUGGACUAAGUAGUAGAAAAACUUUUAUACUUAACUGAGACAUUUUGUCAAGACUAAAAAAAAGUCUUGCAAAAUGGGGUAGCGGACUGACAGGCUGACACAGAAAAUAAACUUUGCCCAAUCACAACUUGUGCCUCCCAUCCCUGGAGUAUUGACUGGCACCGGUAAGACAGAAUCUCUUUGAAUCCAUUACUCCAUGCCCCCUUGAGGCACUGUUGAAGAAAUCUCACUUUUCAGCCAGGGUACUGGUUCUGGUACAUAUGGAUCAUAAGUCCAUUUGGGGAAAACUCGUUUAUACAGGUUCAUCAGUACUGUGUCUUGAGAUUUUAGCUUCCCAUCAAAACUGCAUUUCAUGUGGCCAUGGGUACCUAGAAAGAAAACAGAACAAGUCGGUCAAAUUAAAAGUAGAAAUUUUUAAAGCAAUGACUUCCAACCCAAUAGUCAUUUAGCAACACUGCAGAAAUGUAGACAUGGUCUCAAAUCCCAUGUUUCCUUACCUAAAGGCUCCUUGAUGUGUCCUCUCCGGCCCCACUUCGUUCUCAGUUCCACUGGUUUAAACCACAGCACAUCCUCUUAAACACAUAAAAGACCAAGAUGAAACAUUUACCCACAAAAUGUAAACCCAACCUUUAUACCACAAAGGCAAUCAGAUCCCAUCCUCCUCCUUCAUACCCACCUCUGUUGAAGAACAUGUAACGGACUACUGCCAUCUUAGUAAAAAUUUUGAAAGGAUGACCACUCAGAACAACUCUCUUGAUGACCAUUCUGUCUGGAUCUACUGACAUAAGAUGGCCUGUAGCAAUGAGGCUGUGCAUUCCUAAAGGACAAAAGCAAAGAAGCUAUUUAGGAAUUUACAGGCCAAAGUCUUCAUUUAUUGCCCCAGUCCAUGUAAUGACCCAUGCCAAGAGCUGGUUUGUCAUCCCUGCCCUAGCCCAAUCUGAGGCUAAGAUUGGUAAACUGUAAGCCCACACUUAACCUUGUCAAUAGGUUCUUGAAAACUUGUACUUUAAGAGAAAUGAUGUAUAACAAAAGCAUAUUUUUUCUCAUCAGUUGUUACAAGGAAAAGAUGUUGAACUAAAGGCAGUUAUUUGACGACUGGCUAUACACUGUUUCACAUAAAAGUUGCAGUUUUCAUUGCUCUAUUAACAAUGUUAAGUGAAGACUUACUGUAUUUUGAAAACCAUCAUCACCUUCUCCAUACCAUUUGGCUCCCAAAUUUAAAUAAAGAAGAGAAAACAGUGUUCGUCUAUUAA